UUCAUAUCUUUAAAUUAAUGUUGCCAAGAAUAACAAAUACGGCAAGAUUAGGUAUCAAGAAUCUCUAUCAAUUGAAUCACAUAAAAAAUUUUCAUAAUGCAACUAUUGCUCAUAAAGCAUAAGUUAUGAAUGAUGAAUCAUAAUAUGUUGUUAAAACAGAUCGAAUUUACAAACCAACUUAUACAAUUGAAUUUGAUAGAAUUGGUGAAGUGCUGCUGUAUUUCAAUAAAUUAUGAGUAGAUAUUCAUGUGAUCCUCAUAAGCAUCUUACAAUCUUUCUAAAAUACCCAUAUGUUCUAUAUGAGACAGCAAUACCCUUAUCAAUUUAUCUUUGGUUCAAAAAUCCAUUGGACAUUGCUUGGUACUGGAAUAAUCUAUUUAUAUAUGCACCAUCCUUUUUGUGGAUUCCUAGGAUGUGGUAAUAGAUAGUUUUUAUUUAAAUAGGUAUUGGAGAUCAUUAUAAUAUAAAAUUCAAAGACUUUCAUUGUUGAGAGGUGGUAAAGUACUUAAAAUAGAGACAAAUACUCUUGCAAAUGAUAAAAAUGUAUAUUGGGUUGAAACAUAUUAAUUCCAUCCAUUGACAGCUGAUUUAACAUAAUUUGAUGAUAGAGAUAAUGCAGACUAUUUAACAGAAGAAGGAUAAUUAAAAUAUGAAUUAGCAUGUUAACUUGACCAUAUUUAAGAAUUAGGUACAACAGUAUAAGACGAAGUAAUAUAUUUCAUGAAAGUAUUUGAAUAAUUAAUGGAAAAUAGGAAGGAAUAGUACAUCAUCCAGAAUUAUUUGAAGCAGCAACAAAAGGAUAUGUAAUAGAUACAUCUAAUUUUGUAAUAAAUACAGCUCAUAAUAUCAGAGCAUUCGAAGGCCAUCACAAUUAAUGAAAAAUGGUUAUAUUAUUAUUAUUCAAGAAUAUUAAUACCAAAUA